AUGUGGCGGAGCUUCAAAGAAUCUGAUGGUUUUACAGCAACACGGACUCCAACACCUGUUAAAGCUUCAAGUGAUGGACGUACAUCCAGGUCUGUAUCAGUAGCGUCUGUUUCUUCGAACUCGUCGAAUCCGCCACAAGAGCUUCCACUUCCUUCAAAUUCAGCAAGCACGUCGCCAAUACCUCCUGCAAACCCCGGAGCAAUGCCGAAGCGUACGAAUAACCUGAUCAUGGCCAUGUUUGAUCCAACUGCUAAAGUUGAUCGUCAAGCUCCACCACUCCCAGAUACAGCUGGUAUAGAAUAUGUUCGAGCUGCUAGUUGGGCCUCUGGUAGCUGUGCCAAUAUUCUAGCAGACGAGAAAGGUCGUCAAUUGUUUCGUUGCUUUCUUUUCCAAGCAUUGGCUGAAGAAAAUCUAACUUUUCUGGAAGAGUUAGAUAAGCUGAAGAAAAUGAAAAGCAGUGAUGAGAAAAAGACAUAUGCUAAAGAAGUUAUUGAAAAGUACUCUCCAUAUGUAAAUUUGAGCAGCGGAGCAAUGAAAAAACUUCGAGAUGCAGCUGAGUCUGAUGUCAUCGACCCUGAAGACUUUGCUCCAGCCAUGAAAGAAAUCCGUCGUUUACUUGAAAACGACCAAUUCCCUCGUUUCCGAAGAUCUGAUGUAUAUCUGGAUUUUCUUGAACAACUUCUUCCACGGUCUUAUGCUGAAAAAUGGACGACCUCGUUCGAAGCCUUAUUAGGCAAUCAUGUUGGCCGACAUCAUUUCCGUCUCUUCCUACGUGGAAUACACGCCGAAGAAAACUUACGAUUUUGGGAAGCGGUUGUUGAGUUCCGAGCCACAAAAAAUAAAAGCCCUGCUAUGUCGAAUCUGGCCAAAGUGAUCCUGAACACUUAUCUGGCGGAAGGCGCUAGUAAUGAGGUUUUUCUACCAUUCGGUGUACGGCAAGUUAUUGAACGUCGUAUUGAAGAUAAAGACGUCGAUAUAUCUAUAUUCGAUGAGGCUAUAAAGCAUGUUGAACAGGUUCUACGUAAUGAUCCGUACGUUCGGUUUCUUCAGAGCCCCCAAUACAUGGGACUUAUUGCUAAAUUGAAAAAAUGA